AUGCAGCAACCUUGCUUGGAUUCUGAACGCUCUACUUUGUUGCAGCUGAAAGACAACUUCAUUCUCAAUCGAUCUGCUUCUGCUUAUACUUUUGCUUAUCCAAAGGUUAUCAGAAUUGGACCUCUCCUGGUCUGGCUUUACAGGUCAAAUUCGCUUUCAAAGCUGGUGAUACUUGAUCUCUCUGGAAAUGAACUAAAGCUCAAGCAUCUUAAUGUUGAUGGGGUAACUGCAUCUUCGACAAUCCCUCAAGAGUUUGGUUUGUCUGGUUUGCUACCAGAAUCUAUUGGGAAUCUCCAGUCAUUAUCUGUCUUGGAUGUUAGCUAUUUCUCUUUUUCUGGAAAAAUCCCUAAUUCGUUGGCUAAUCUUACCGAGCUUACUGCUUUGUUGCUUUACGGUAAUCAGUUUUCCAACCAAAUCCCAUCUUGGUUAGGAAAUCAAUCUUCACUCUAG